AACUGUCAAAAAUGUUGACGGACUUAGGACAUGUUAUUUUACUGUCAUGCAGUGUGAAACAUAAAUAAAGUAUAUUAGUUUUUCUAAAAAUCAUGACUUAAUACGGAGGCCUAAACAAUUAAUAUGAAAUAAUACGUUCGAAAAUAUAACUGCCACUUACAUAUUUGUUUUAAUUAAUGACAUUAUGGAUGGUUUAAUUCACGCGGCAUUGGAAGCAGAGUCAAUACUAAAUCGGGCGAAACAUGUGAAUAGUAACACACAGUCACAAUUUGACACUGGUGUCCCAGACCAUAAAAUGACUUGGACCCAUGAUAAAAUGCAUCUUGCUGAAACAGUGGAUGACACGAGGAUGAAAUUUCAAAGGACUUCUAGUAGUUCUAGUGCUUCUAAAACUGAGAAGUUUGAUUUGUUCAAAAAGCUUCACGAGUUAUACAACGAGUUGAGUAGAGAUGAACCAUCACAAUCCAACUUUCAAGGACUCAAGACUACAUCAUACCUUCUCGAGAAGCUAUUGGCCACUUAUAAUCUUAAUACAUUAAUAAUCAACUUAUAUCCAGGGAAUAAAGGAUAUUCUUUGUCACUAAAAGUUAAUGGGAAUACACAGUACCUUUGUCCGCCAGAUGCUAAUGCUUCUACAAGUCAGGAUGAAACUUUGAUUGAGACUCCACGGUGGCCAUAUGAGGAGGAAGAGCUUUUGAGUUACAUUGAUAAUGAAGAACUACCUGUAGUUUUAUUGGAUUUGUUAGAAUCAGAGCACUCCUGUCUUUUUUACUCUGGUUGCAUAAUAGCUCAGGUCCGGGAUUACAGACAAGCAUAUCCUAGUUUUGUUUGUGAUACUCAUCAUGUACUUCUUAGACCUACCAAUCAGAGCAUAAUAACGGACGCGAUGUGUAUCGGCGGGCGGUGCGGCUGGGCGGGGGAGGAGCGCAGCUCCGUGGAGGCCGUGGAGGCGGCGCUAGUGCACGCGGCCGCCCCCCCCCUCUGCCUCGACCCGCGCCCCGCCGUCGGCCUGCUGGCUGCCAGGCUUCACGCCGCUCCGAGGCUCUUCAACACUCCGCGCAUUCGCCGACAAGCAAAGAGGUUUUCACAGGUUGCUGUAAAUAGGAAAAGAAAAUUGGACCAAUUUACACAUUAUCACGGCUUAGAGUUACUCGAGUUGAUACACAAACAGAGGGCUAAGAAUAGCAGGCAAUCUGUGCCCCACACGAGGCUCUCGUCAAAGUAUCCCAAGAAACCACCUGAGGUAUUCAAACCAAUCGAACCACCGAAAAUGGAGUCCCUAUCAUUAGCAAUGCCGUCAGAACCGAGCGGUCCCUUACGUCUAGCCCGAGCAUACGAAAGGCCGCGGCCAACGCCAGACUGCCAACCACAGCUGUUUGAAGAAUAUAUCCUAGAAACUGAGAAGACUUCUCCACACGCUGGAGCCGGGUUCUUCCAUAUAAAACUGUCGAUAUUGCAAAGGCCGUCCGAUCAAGAGUUCCUCGGAGAGCUGUAUGUUGACAGGGAUCAUGUGGAAGGCGAAAGGAAUGGUGCUGCUUGUAGGUUUACUUUAGGUUCACGUGUCCAAGCUAAUAAGUACAUACAACAGUUCACGGAAAUCUUCACCGAAGAAGGCAGGAAGUCCGUGCGAAUCAAACACAUCGUGCCUGGGCAGUUACCCAGGGUGUCAUUUACAGGCAGCAUGAGAGAAUUGCAAGGCCAGCAGUUGCUGUUACAGCGACAGGCAGCAAGCAGCGCCACAGUACAAACUCACGCAACGACUGUCCCUAUCGUGACAUCUGCCAUCGCAGCAACUCCAAAUACUCACACGAUUACCCGGCAGCUACCAAUUCUGCAGGCACAAUUACAACAAGUGGGAAGCAUAGCUAACGUCGCAGGCGUCGGUAACGUAGUCGGCAGCGUGAGCGCAGUGAGCGCUGUGGGCGCUGUGGGCAGUGUGGGCAGUGUCAGUAGUGUGGGCAGUGUGGUCAGCGUCGGCUCCGUAGCUGAAGCCACUCUCAAACAACAACCUUCGCCGAGUACGCCGCGAUUGUCGCCUCAGAUUUCGCAGGCGUCGACCAAUCAGCUGCUAGCCCAGCAGCUGACCAAUCCGCAGCAGCCGCUGAACCCGCAGAAGAUGCAGUCGGCCAUCAUUCAUAUACAGCAUCCGCUUAUGUCCACUGCUGGGACAUCGCAGGUGCAAAACAUCCAAUACACGAGCACGUCGACGACGCAGCAGAAGGCCACGAUCACCAAACCCCGGACCACCAAUCCAGCUAUCAGCGCACUCGUCACUAGUCUCAUGAACUCCGCGCAACAGUUCCAACAAGCGGCGAGUCAGAACGCUGCAAAAAGCGGUGUGACGACAGCCAACAGCAACGCCACCAUAUUGAACCUGCUGAAUAGCGCCCCGGCCGCCAUGACCCACGUGUCGGCCAGCGACGGCGGCGACCACAAGCUGGUGGGCCGCGUGACCCUGGCCGGAGCCCGGUUGGUGACCACCACUACGCACACCAUGCCCACUUACACUCAACAGGGUGUGGGCGUGCAAGUGAUGGGUGGUUACACACGCGAAAACGAAAGCACAAAUGUGUCGAGCAGCGAGAGCGCGCUGCUGGAGAGGCUCAUUAGUUCUGAACCACAAGCGGCGCCGGCGUCACAGCCGCAACAGCAGCCGCAACAGCAGCCCGUGUGCCAUUUGCAGGGCCUAAGCCUCGCUUCCCUGCAAGGGCUGCAAGGCAUCCAAGGGCUGCAAGGGCUACAGAACGUGCAGGUCCAGAUCCCGGGCCUGCCGGCGCCGAUCUCGCUGUCGCUGAACGUGUCGAGCGCCGGCGCCAGCGCGCCCGGCGGCUUGCUCGUCUCCGUGCCCGCCACCACCUCGGUGCUCUCCUUGCCCAUCGCCCAGCUGAUGCCGGGCGUGAAGGGCGCAGUGCGGGGCGCGGUGCAGGUAGUGCGGCCCGUGCGCGCGCCCCGCCCGCCUCCGCCCCGCGCACCCGCGCGCCCGCCCGCUGCCCUCCACCACGGAACUACGCAGUUUAUAACUCAAGUGCAAGCGCAAACGUUAAACACGCAACAAGUGAGGAGAAAAUCGAACGCUGACAGUUCAUAGUAAACGGUAAAUCAGCACUGCCCGUUUAGUGAAAUGCUUGUGCAUAUGCGUCUAUCAACUAUCUAGUUAAAUUAUUUUAGGUGUAACUACGCAAAUAACGUAAUUUAGUCAAUAUACUUGAAUCACAACGGCUGCGUCUUCUUUAGAUCAUAAAUAAAGUUUUGUAUUCUGAGUGAACGUGGUAACAAAUGUCGAAACUAAAUCAGUUUAAAAUGUCUAAAUAUUACAACUAAAUUUGCCCCUUAUUUACAAAAAUCUGACAGCUAAAAACAAAUAUGUAAUGAAUAUGAAAUACUUUUGUUUUUAAUCAUGUAUCACAAUUUAUUUUGUUUGAUCUUCUAUACAUAAUCAAUCAUGUAUUUAUUUUUUAUUUUUUAAAGGUCACAAAUAUAUAUAUAUAUAUGAAAUGUAACUUCUAUAUACCAAACUGACAUUAGAAAUAAUAUUGAUCAUGACAUGAAUUGUCACGAAAUUUAAAGUGUUAUUGUAGCGUGUUGAAAGUCUUAAAGUACCAUAUUAUUGUGUAACUAAUAAAAUUUUAUUUAUUGUUGGAUUUGUUGGUAACAACUGUAAAUAUGAAUGUUGUUGACAGGUUAUAGAAUUGUUAAUUUUUCAUUAAAUACGAGCUGUCAAUGUACAAUGAGGCUGUCUUCUGUUUUUAUUAUCGUUUUUCUGAUAGAAACGCAAUGGCAUCAGGUCAAUUCGCCUCUGCUUAAAUCUUAUUACACUGUUUUGUUAUGAAGUUGUACUCGAUAAAGGAUAACACAAUGUUUCUGUAAAUAUAAUUUUUAGUCUUAUACAAUGCACUGAGCAAAGUAAUUAGAAACUGACUCACUGUAUUUUAAAUAUAUUCUAAUGUAUAUUUAUGUUUAAAGUUUGUCUCCUGUAUGUAAUGCUAUGUACGCACUGAGCCAAUAAACGAAAGUAUUUUUUAUCUUUUUUUAGCAUUAUAGUGUUAAGAAGAGAAAAAAAAACAUAUUGCUUUCGUUUGCUCAGUGUGUACAUAGUGCAAGACAAACUCUAAACUAAGUACUUAAAAAUCGCGAAUUCGAUAUGUAGAAAUACGAAUUAUACUGUCAGUAUUAAAAAGAGGACUACAACUUCUUUGCAGAAAUUCCUAAAGUUAUCAAAGUACAAUAGAUUUGCAGUGACUGAAAAAAGUGCGUUAAAUAGUAUGUAAAUAAAUAAUGUAUGAUAUUGUCGUCUGUAUAAGCAUCACAGAUAAUGAAUAAUGUAAAUAAAACGUGUCUAAUAGUUUAUAGAGAUAACAAAACAAAUGAACGAAUGCAUGUUAGUAGGCUUAAAAUAUUAAAAGUCCGUAGUUUUCGUGAAUAAUUUGACCGUAACUUUCACGAAACCUUAAUACUCAAUAAAAACGGAGAAAGUCUUAUGAAAUGUAACGAAAACAAUGCAAAUAAAUUGAUGUACGUUGAUACUUGUAUUCAAUGCGUUAGUGUAGAUAACACAUUAAUAGUAUGUAUGCAGUAUGAACUGACAACCGUACGCUCUCGUUGAUUAUAUUUGGGCUAGAAAUUGACACAUAGAUGUAGACUUUGAAAGAUACUAAACCAAACACGAUAGAAUUCUUAUUAUUGUCACUUUUAACAUAAAUUCUAUCAAUAUUUACGUGUGAUUUAUUUGCAAAACACUUUUUAUAAAGAGGUUAAGGUUAAAAGUAUUCAAACUUUUGAAUAUUGAAUUGUUAGCUUCUAGAAUCUCUCUAGAUGUAAGUAAUAUGUUCAACGAUAGUGUACAGUUCGUAUUUGUAUUCAUUGGCAUUUAUUCCGCACACACUUUUUAAACAACUUUAACAUAAUAUAUUUGAAAUCGCGUUUUUAAAAUAUUGAGAUAUCACAGAAAUGCCCAUAAUAAUUAAGACCAUAAUAUAUUAUCCCGAUUUCUAUGUAACAUAUGAAUCCUUUUUUUGAGGCAUAACAUGAGCCCAAUUUAUGUGAAGUAUUGAUUGAAAUGAAUUAUGUAUUUUUCGGAUAUUUUUAUUUAUAUAACAAAGGAAGCGAUGAUAUUUCGGUUAAAAUUUUGGCGGUGUGUGGUGCGGAAGAAAUCGUCCUUGAUAAAUACAAAUUGAUGCACGCGCACAACUUAUAUAACGUGGAGCAUAGAGAUACUUCAUGUUCUAUAACUAUUAGCAUUAGUAGUAAGAUACACUGCAAUUAUCCAACCGUAUCGUCACCAAGUUUCCUUUUGUAAUUUUAUACGUAAAAGUAUCUACAAACACUGUUGCUGUCAUCAUUAAUUUUAGUUAUCAGAGAUGUGUUCAUAAAGGCAUUCCGAGAUAUGCCUGAUUAUUAAUCCUUUUUAUCUAGUAUUGCCAGGGCAUUUCGUAGGUAGUGUGGACAUUGUUGCCGAGUGUAUAAAAAGUUAUUUUUGCAAACGUGAAUAAGGACUUGUUACACUACUUCUAGAUAAGUAAUACCACGAAAAUGUAAUGAAGCGUGAUUAUAAAUUUAAUACUCUGUUAUAUGACCAUCUGGUAGUAGUGAAAAGAGGCCUGAGCCGAGACGCACGGCAGAGCAGUGUCAAAUCUAGAAAACGUCACUAAAACCCGACUUGACGAAUAUAUUCCUAUUUUGUCUUGUGUUCGACAAUGGUAUAUAUCGGCAGACCAGUGAUUCUUACUGGGUUGCUGGUUUUUUGCCAUGGACGGCGGAGUUUGCUUACCGCCAGACAAUCUGGACCCCGUUCGCCUAUUGACUGUAGUGUAUAAAAACAUCCCACCAAUCCGAAUUAGGCAUACGUUGUGGGUCAUACAUGGCCCAUCUUACUUACAUUUCCAUAUAACUGCUCUUUUAUGGUUUUAUAACGCCUUUGUAGCUCUGGUGUGCGUCCGAGGCAGUCGUGCGAAUUGUUGAUCUCAUUUAUUUACGGUCGUGUAGCUCAAUAUGUAAAUGUUUAUUUGUAAAAUACACUAUAUUCAGAACGUGUAAAUGUCUAUUUUAGGAGAUAAUAAAAUUAUUAUUGUAUAUAUUUUGUAAUGGAGAUUUUUAUACAUAAUCCGAUUUUAUUAAGUUCGAUGGUUGUAUGAUGUUUCCAGUGGCGUCUUCUUUGAUUUGUCUUAUUGCAUUGUAAAUAUUAUUUUAAAUAAGUUGUGAUAUGCAUUCUGACUACUUCGUAGUAUGAAUAAUAAAAUUUAUAUGAAUGCGUUGAUAUGAAUCCGUGUAUAAAUUGAUACAUAUUGUAAAAUUGAGUACUUUGUUCAGAGAUUGACGUUUCGGACAUAAAUAAAUAACUUUUACACA